AGUUUCUCAGAGAUCAGUGUGAAACGUUUUGAAGUGUUUUUAAAUGAAACGAUCAGUGUUUUUUAACAAAUGCUAAACUGAGCUGUUUGUGGUGAGAGAAUUAUAAUGAGGUUACAUGAGUGUCAUUUCAACAUAUUCAACUUCCUGUUUUAAAUACAACGUCAGCCAUCUUGAUGUUUGUUACAAUGGCAGUAGAUCGUCUACUUAGAUCCUUCAUUCUUCUCCUCGUCUGUAACACAGGGUUCAGUGAUGAGAUCUCUGUGUUUGUGCAGACGGGAGAUUCUGUUCAACUGGAUAUACAGACUCAGAAACUACCAGAGUUUUAUAUUUUAUCCUGGACAAAUGAUAAAUCAGAGAAUGUAGUUGUGUAUAUACCUGGAAAAGAAGUUAAACCUCACCCUUCUUACAAGGACAGAGUGGAUUUCAAUGCUGAAACCUUCUCUCUCACACUGAAGAACAUGCAAAAGAACGACAGUGGACUCUAUACAGCAAAGACAAGAGGAGAAUCAGAUGAAACUAUUGCUACAUACAGAGUAUCUGUUAUAGACGCUGUGGAGGCUCCUGUUCUGACUGUAAACUCAAUCUGGUCCAGUGAUUCCUGUGUUAUUCUUAAUUUUACCUGUAGAGGUCAUAACCUCACACUCAGCUCCAUGUUUCAACAUGGCAGCUGCUCUCCAGACGAAGUGACAUCACAUGAGAACUACAAUCUCAUCCUGCACUGCAGUGAGGAAUCCAUCAUCUGCAACCAUAGCAACACUGUCAGCUGGAAGGAAGACAGGAUACAUGUAAAACAACUCUGUAGAGAUAAUGAAAUACUACCAAUCACAACAUCAUCUCCUGUGCCGUUGCUUAUUCUUAUGUGUAUUGUGUUUGGUGUUGUGUUUGGAGUUAUAGUAAUGGUGUGUUCUGGUUUGCUCCUUUACUUUUGCUGCAAGAAUAAUAAAGGUGUCAAACAGAGUGACGAUACAGACUACGAUGAUGUUGAGACUCUGACGCAGAAGAUGACAGGAGACACCUGGACCACCAUCACCUACCAUACAGUAGGACACCAAACACUUUCAUCUGCUCAUGACUGUUAAAACAUAAAAAUCCUUUUUGAUUGACUGGACUCAUUAAAGUCUUGAUUUAACUCCUAGAUUGCAUGACUCUGGUGGAAGUGUACAGGAUAUAUUAUACUGUUGUAAGUCCAGUACUUCAGUACGUUUCUGCAUAUAAUGAACGGGACGGGUGUUUCCUUGCUUUCCUCAUGUCACUUUAAUAUAUCUCAUGUACUCUAAUCAUACUGUUUAUUGUUUUUUUUUUUUUUUUUUUUUUACGCGGUUUGAAUUUCUGCUAUUUUUACAAUGAUGUUUUGAAUGGCUGCCAUUGGUGGUGAAAAUGCUUUUUUGCUGUCGAAUGGUGUAGUUUUUAAUUUCUACCAGCAGAGGCUCAGGGCCGUUCUAACCAGAUAAACUGUGCCGAUGUUAGUUUGACUUUACAAAUGUCAAUGCCAAUCUCAUUUCUAUGUAAACCUGAGUGGCUUGUAUUAAAAAUGUGGUUCAACAUUAAUGUACAGUUACUCUUUUAAAAUAGUGUAUUGUUGGAUGCUGGAAUGUUUUCUGUGACUGGUCCAAACCAAUGUUUGUUUUCAGUUUUCAUACUCUAGUCUCAUUUGCAGGUUAUUAAAAUGCUGUAACUUUC